GUCCUUCCUGGCCGCCUCACGGGGCCACCUGGCUGCCCUGCAGUGGCUGCACGCCCGCAGCGGCUGCCCGCUGAGCUCCCUGGCGCUGCGUACGGCGGUGAGCGGUGGACACCUGCACGUGGCGGACUGGCUGCUGGAGGCGCAGGAAGGGCAUCAGCAAGGGGGGCAACGCCGUCUCAGCCCCUCGCUGCUAGCCCGCGUUGCUGGGUCAGGCGACAUGCGGGCGGUGCGAUGGGUGCAUGAGCGGCUGGCGGCGGCUGGCGACGGCGAUGUGGUGCGGCCGGAGGAGGAUGCCUUGGUGCGGGGGGCGCAGGGCGGCUGCGAGGAAGUGUUGGAGUGGCUGGUGGAGCAGGGCUGCCCCUGGGGGGAGAGCGGUCGCCCCUACCAGUCGGCCGCGCAGCAGGGGGACAUGGCCACCCUGCGCUGCCUGCGGAGGCUGGGCUGCCCCUGGGGCCCCAGCCGGGACACCUUCACCGCCUGUGUGCGACUGCGCGCCCGCCUGCCGGUGCUGCGGUGGCUGCUGCAGGAGGGCUGCCCGGUGGACUGGGGCGCGGCGACUGGGGCGGCGCUAGGGCGGCAGGAGUACGAGGACGAGCAGGCAUGGCUUCGGGAGCAGCAGUAGGCAUGGCGGCGGUAGCGACGGCAGCAGCGGCAGCUGCAAGGCGGUGGUGGAAGGGGUGUGCAAAGAAGGGAGGGGAGAACGCCGGGCACAAAGGUGCAUCAGGUGGUUCUUGUUGGUGGGGCAUGUGCUCAGGAUUUGGUUACAUGCAUAGAAGCGAGAGGAGGAAGCUGAGAUUCCGG